AUGGAGCCAACUUACACGAUUGUUGACAACGGGGACACGCUCUUCGUACUUUGUGACCCCGAUCGACCGUUUGAAGAAGUGGACCACGAAGACCUAUGGUUCAACCAUUUGGAGCAGUAUAACGACAUCACCAACGAUAAAAGUCAUCUACGAAAUAAUGUUAAAGACUAUCGUUAUCGCUUACAAGAAUCUAGAGUCAACAUUCUACCAUCAGCACGGAAGAAUAUGGGCAGACAAGUGUCAUGGCGGGUUUCUUCAGAGAAGCUGAAAAGUGCGUCUGCAUACUUUCGAGGCCUUGCGACUCAAGACUGGAAUGAGGGCAACAUGUCCGACCAGGGCUGCAAAUAUACCAUUACCGUCGAAGGGUGGAGCGAAAGGGCGUUGCAUAAACUAAUACUUGGGAUUCAUGGCCAGGAUGCUCGUCUCAAUGAACUGCAAGUCAACCCCAAGCUCUGUGCUCAGCUGGCUGUCGUUGUCGAUGCCUACCAAUGCCACGACCUAUUUGAUCUACGCUUUCCGGUAGUGCCUGGGCGUUAUCCAUAUAAUGAGAACCUUUUAUUCUCGCUCUUUUCAUCUUGGGUAUUUCGAGACGAGGAAAACUUUAGAGUAUUUUCCAAAGCCAUCAUAAUGCAGGCGAGGGGCCGUAUUCAUACCUUGGGCAUGCCCAUUCGAGAGCCUAUUAUC